ACCAGAUAUACUUGAAUCUAGUAUUUGCACAAACAUUGCACAAAGACAACAGUAUAUUUAUGGUUUUGGUAUCACCAAAAGUGAAUUAAAAUUUGCUGUUGAAAAUGGUUUAGUUGAUGAAUUCAUAGAAUUGAUAACAAGAUUUAUUGAGAAUCAUACUGAUCUAGCUAUAGGAAAUAAAGAGAAUUCAAGAUUGGCAAAACAAGUUAACGUUAAAGCAAAUAAGGGUGGUGUUAAACUCAAAUUAGAGAAUCGACAUUGCAGUAACUGCCAUGGGCCCGGUCAUUAUACUUCUACUU